CGAGCCGGCUGCACCGAUUUGUCGUCGAUCCUUAAACAAUGGCGGAAUAAUAUAUAUGUACAUAAGAACAAUAACAGCGGUCCGGCGGCGGACGAUUACCGCCGGACGCUUGAUUACGAUCUGGGAUUAAUGAAUAUCGAAGAGGCACGGUACAAACAAUCGAAAUCUGUUCCUAUGAGGGAUCACGAAGUCAGUUAUCCUUAUCCUUUCACAGAUUACAUUCAUCCUCGGUUUUGCGCCGAUUUUUCGCCUAUAAGUAGUUACAGCAACCCCCAUCGUCGACUCACGCGGAAUCUAAAGUCGAUCACGGUUAAUUACGAUUCGAAUUUAAGCAACGGUCAUCGGAAAUUAAAAAGAAGAAGAGUUUCGAGAUUAUUGUCGUUCCCCUCUGAACCGGGAAGCUCGAACGGAAGUUCCACCGUCGACGAUAACGAAUCGGCGGUACGUUCCCGAUUGCAAGAUCACUGGAAUAGAACGCUUUUACUACCGAGACUGAUAGAAGUGUCGCGUGUGCAACGAAGUGGCACCAGCACGACGUUAUCGCCUUUCACAAGCCGUAGUAUAGACCUGAAUCGAAUACUGCGGUUGAAUCUGAUGCCUAAGAAGACGACCGGUUUCGUUAAAAAGAGGAGAAAAAGAAGGGACGUAAAUGCGACGGGUGUGGAUGGAAAACUUAUUUAUCCUGACACGUUUAAGAUAUUGUACACAACUGUACCUCCUGAAUCUCAGUUAACUUAUAAUACCGAGUACCAAAGUGAAAUAGACAUGUUGCAAACGACGCGGAGCUGGUUAGACGAAAGUUCAACUGACGAAGUUGCUGACGAGGCCACUGAGGAAUAUCAUGAUAAAGAGUACGAAGAUGAAUAUAGAGAAGCGUACGGUCAGUAUGAAGAAGAAACAACAGGUAAGACUGUUGGUUGGUUCGAAUAUGAUGAACGUGUUGGAACCAUGACUAUUUCAACAAAAAAGCCAAUAGAAAUUGCUACAGUGCCUCAAGUAACGACUACUGUGGAAGAAACAACUCCUGUAGCUGAAACUACUACUUUAGCCUCUACAACUACAGUGUCACCGAUAACAAGAGUAAUAGAAACUACUACAACUAUAAUCGAGACUACGAUGACUCCUACGACUACUACAACCAUUACGAUACCGAAAGAAAUCACUACGGAAAAAACAACAACCAUCUCUAUUACUACUAUAUUGCCAACAACUACGGAAUCGACAACUCCGCUAAAAACGAGCCCAGAAACUACUACAACUACUACUGCUCCUACUACUACUUCUGUUACAACUAUGGUCUUACCAACUAUAACGGAUCACUACAAAAUAGCACAAGACGUACUAAGAUAUGAAGAAGCGGGAACUACAACCUCGUUGUCACCAACGACAGUUCCUGCGUCUACGAUAGUAACUACAGUAGCAGCCACCACUGUGAAGGAAACGACGAUAUUUACAACAUCAACGUCAGAAACGACAAGUGAAAGUACUACAGAAAUUGCCACUACGACUCCGACGUUCACGACCACAACGGAAGCAGAAAGUACAGUAGAAGAGACGACAAGGGAAGUAACAACUACUACUUCAGUACCAGAAACAACGACUGAAAUUACUACGACAGAGGCUGUAACUACCAUUGCAGCUACGACGACAAUGAAAACGACAAGAGAAAUUACAACUACAAGCCCAUUACCAACAACUCCGAUUCUUACUGAAACUCCUACGACAGCAAUUAAAACAUUGCCAACAACUACAACGUUGAAAACAACAACGAUAGAAGAAACCACUGGGGAAGAGACAACGUUCAGUGAAACACCGUCAGUACGAACUGCGACGGAAAUCACUACCACUGCUGUUCCUACUACUACACCUAUAGAGGAAACCACAACUGAGGAAAGCAUAGUAACUACAACUACUUCGGUGGAAACCACGACCACAGCAAUUACAACUGCGGCUCCUACGACCACUAUGAGCAUAACAGAAACCACAACUGAGGAAAUUACAGUAACCGCGACAUCGACAGUAGAAACCACGACCGAAUCAAUCACAACUACGGUUCCUACUACCACUACGCCUGUAACAGACACCACAACUGAAGAAAUUACAGUAACCACGACAUCAACUGUGGAAACAACGACCAAACCAAUUACGACAGUUUUUACUACCACUACGCCUGUAAUAGAAACCACAACUGAGGAAACGGCAAUAACCACGACAUCAACUGUGGAAACAACGACCAAACCAAUUACGACAGUUUUUACUACCACUACGCCUGUAAUAGAAACCACAACUGAAGAAACGACAAUAACCACGACAUCAACUGUGGAAACGACGACUGAACUAAUUACAACGACCGCUCCUACUACCAUUAUACCUGUAACAGAAACCACUGUUAAAGAAACAAGUACAACUCCAUCGGCGGAAACCACGAGCGAAGCCACUGCAACUACUACGACAGUAGUAGAAACUACCACUGAAGCGACGACAUUAAUUACAACACCUUCGGAAGAAACUACUCCAACCACUGUUCCUACGACUACUAUCAGUACAAAAGGAACCACGACUACGAUAAUUGCAACGUCAACAGUCGAAACUACUCCGGAGGAAACUACGAUAUCUACAACUGCAAUUCCUACUACGACUCAAACUGUAGCAGAAACCACUACUGAAGAAAGUACAAUAACUACAACUAUAAUUCCUACUACGAUUACAACUGUAACAGAAACCACUACGGAAGAAACUACAAUAACUACAUUUACAAUUCCUACUAGGAGUUCAACUAUAGCAGAAAUUACCACGGAAGAAAUUAUAAUAACUACAACUACAAUUCCAACGACUACUACGACGGCCAUAGUCAUGACUACAGAGGAGACAACAUUAACUACCACAACUUCAAUAGAAACCACGAUAGAAGUUACAACUACAGUUCCUACUAUUACUUCAACUGUAGUUGAAACCACCACUGAAGAAACUACAAUAACGUCGGUGGAAACUACGGCCGAAAUCACAACUGUAGUUCCUACGACUAUUACGAUGGUAGAAGAAACAACUGCUGAAGAAACUACAAUAACUACAACUUCGGCACUGGAAACGACAGUAGAAAUCACUACGACUAGUCCGCCGAUAGUGACAACUACAACUGAGGCUACAACAUUAAUUACUUCAACAUGGAUCGAAACUACGACAGAAAUCGUUAGAACUACAGUUCCUGUGAUUACUACAACUAUGAUGAUAACUGAGUCCACUAUAACAAGAGCUCCUACGACUAUUACAACGGCAGUGGCGACUACCACAGAGGAGACAACAUCGCCGGUGAGAACUACGACAGAAAUCGAGACGACCACAGUAUCUCUAACUCCUACAACUAUGCUAGUAACCGAAGUCAUUACGACUAGAAUUCCUACAACUACUACGGCGGUAGUUACAACCACUACUGAAAUUACGCCAACGGUGGAAACUACCAUCGAAACCACUACCAUUACAAUUCCUACUACUACUACAUCUGUGAUAGAAACUACGAAAGAAGAAACGACGAUAACUACACCAUCCACGGAAACUAUCACUGAAUCUACAACAAUUACAGUUCCUGUUACCACUGCAACCGUAACGGAAACUACGGCGGAAGAAACUACGAUAACUACACCAUCGCCGGAAACUACCACCGAAACUACUACAAUUACCGUUCCUGUUACAACUACACCUGUGACAGAAACUGCAGAAGAAGAAACUACGAUAACUACACCAUCGCCAGAAACUACGACUGCAAUUAGUACAAUUACGAUUCCUACUACCAUUACAACCGUGGCUGAAACUACAGCAGAAGAAACAACAAUAACUACAACAUCGCCGGAAACUACCACCGAAUCUACUACAAUUACAGUUCCUGUUACCACUACAACCGUAACGGAAACCACGGAAGAAGAAACUACGAUAACUACGACUUCGUCGCCGGAAACUACCACCGAAUCUACUACAAUUACAGUUCCUGUUACCACUACAACCGUAACGGAAACCACGGAAGAAGAAACUACGAUAACUACGACUUCGUCGCCGGAAACUACCACCGAAUCUACUACAAUUACAGUUCCUGUUACCACUACAACCGUAACGGAAACCACGGAAGAAGAAACUACGAUAACUACGACUUCGUCGCCGGAAACUACCACCGAAUCUACUACAAUUACAGUUCCUGUUACCACUACAACCGUAACGGAAACCACGGAAGAAGAAACUACGAUAACUACGACUUCGUCGCCGGAAACUACCACCGAAUCUACUACAAUUACAGUUCCUGUUACCACUACAACCGUAACGGAAACCACGGAAGAAGAAACUACGAUAACUACGACUUCGUCGCCGGAAACUACCACCGAAUCUACUACAAUUACAGUUCCUGUUACCACUACAACCGUAACGGAAACCACGGAAGAAGAAACUACGAUAACUACGACUUCGUCGCCGGAAACUACCACCGAAUCUACUACAAUUACAGUUCCUGUUACCACUACAACCGUAACGGAAACCACGGAAGAAGAAACUACGAUAACUACGACUUCGUCGCCGGAAACUACCACCGAAUCUACUACAAUUACAGUUCCUGUUACCACUACAACCGUAACGGAAACCACGGAAGAAGAAACUACGAUAACUACGACUUCGUCGCCGGAAACUACCACCGAAUCUACUACAAUUACAGUUCCUGUUACCACUACAACCGUAACGGAAACCACGGAAGAAGAAACUACGAUAACUACGACUUCGUCGCCGGAAACUACCACCGAAUCUACUACAAUUACAGUUCCUGUUACCACUACAACCGUAACGGAAACCACGGAAGAAGAAACUACGAUAACUACGACUUCGUCGCCGGAAACUACCACCGAAUCUACUACAAUUACAGUUCCUGUUACCACUACAACCGUAACGGAAACCACGGAAGAAGAAACUACGAUAACUACGACUUCGUCGCCGGAAACUACCACCGAAUCUACUACAAUUACAGUUCCUGUUACCACUACAACCGUAACGGAAACCACGGAAGAAGAAACUACGAUAACUACGACUUCGUCGCCGGAAACUACCACCGAAUCUACUACAAUUACAGUUCCUGUUACCACUACAACCGUAACGGAAACCACGGAAGAAGAAACUACGAUAACUACGACUUCGUCGCCGGAAACUACCACCGAAUCUACUACAAUUACAGUUCCUGUUACCACUACAACCGUAACGGAAACCACGGAAGAAGAAACUACGAUAACUACGACUUCGUCGCCGGAAACUACCACCGAAUCUACUACAAUUACAGUUCCUGUUACCACUACAACCGUAACGGAAACCACGGAAGAAGAAACUACGAUAACUACGACUUCGUCGCCGGAAACUACCACCGAAUCUACUACAAUUACAGUUCCUGUUACCACUACAACCGUAACGGAAACCACGGAAGAAGAAACUACGAUAACUACACCAUCGCCAGAAACUACGACUGCAAUUAGUACAAUUACGAUUCCUACUAUCACUACAACAAUGGCUGAAACUACGACCGAAGAAAGAACGAUAACUACAACAUCGCCGGAAACUACCAUCAAAACUACUACGAUUACGGUUCCUGUUACCACUACAACAGUGACAGAAACUACGACAGAAGAAACUACAUUUACUACGGGAUUACCGGAAACGACAACUGAAAGUACAACUGAGGAAACUACAACAUUAUCACCUGAGAUAACGACCGAAGCUAUUACCACUUUGGCUACUGUUGCUACAAGUUUGUUAAUUCGAACUACAAUGAAAUUCACAGAAUAUAGACCGUUAAUAACGGAGACAAUCGCUGUACUUGAAACUCAAACGAUGACGACGGAAGAAGUGACUGCAGAAAUAGAAGAAACCACUGAUAAAGAACUAGAAGAAGAAUACAAAUUAGCGUAUGAGGAAUAUGAAGAAGGAACUACUGAAGAAUAUUCUUGGUCCGAUUACGAAGGUCUUGAUAUUACGACGACCACCAUAGAAAAAACAACCGUGCCGCCUGUUACAUUCGCAAUUACAUCUCCAAUGACGACAUUGUUAGAAACCACGACAAAAGAAGUAACGACAAUUCCAUUGCCGGUAGUGACGAUGGAAAUUACUACAAUUGGAGUGAUCACCACGACGUCACCCAUCACAACAAUGGUUGAAACUACCACAGAAGUUAUUAUAACUACUACUUCGUUGCCAGUAACAACUACAGAGACUCCCACAACGGAAGUACCUACGACGACUACAACUACAAUAUUGCCGACGACCACAGAAGAAAUAACAACGUCCAGUCCGUGGCUUAUAACGACGACCGAGACUACAACGUCUGUAAUCCUUUCUACUACGUCGUCAACAAUUACGACUGUGGAAACCACCACGGAAGAACCGAUAGUAACUACAACUCCGUUAUUAAUAACGACUACAGAAUUUACUACCAUGACUUCGAUAUUACCAACCACAGUGACGACGGAAACCAUCGCGGAAGAAACGCUGAUUACUACAUCAGUAAUAGAAACCACAAUUGAAACUACAUUUGAAGAAAAGACAGAAUCGACUACUCCGUACUUUAUAACGACAACUGAACCAUGGCUUACAAUAACUACUGUUCCCGUCUUUACACCAACUGUAACGACAACAGAAAUUACUACUGAAGAGGCAACAUCAUCAACGCUGUCGCCUACAACAACCGAAAGUACUACUGAAGAAUUAAUUACUACUGCAGAAGGUAUAGAAACGAGUACAACAGCAACAACUACUGAAAGUACUGUAGCAAUUAUUACUACGAUGAUGUCACCACCGACGACGGUCUUUAUUACCUCUGAAGAAGUAACAACGCCUGAAAUAGUAACGAGUACAACGGAAACAAGUACUGAAAGUGCUAUAACUAUUACCAUCACGACGCUAUCACCUCCAACGACAGCAUUUAUUACCACUGAAGAGGUAACAUCGCCAGAAGAAGUAACGAGUACAACAGAAAUGACGUCCGAAAGUACUGUAAGUCCUGUUACUACAACAAUUACACCACCGACGACGGUCUUUAUUACCACUGAGAAAAUAACAACGUCAGAGUCAACAACGAGUACAGCAGAAAUAACAACCGAAAGUACUUCAACUUCUAUUAGUACGACAACGAUAUCACCUCCAACGACGGUAUUUAUUACUACUGAGGAGAUGACAUCGCCAGAAGAAGUAAUAACUACAGAAACAACAACUGAAAGUACUGUAAGUCUUUUUAUUACGACAAUAUCGCCUCCAACCACAGCGUUAACUACGACUGAGGAAGUAACAACGUCAGAGUCAACAACGAGUACAGAAGAAAUAACGACCGAAAGUACUGUAAGUCCUGUUACUACAACAACGAUAUCACCACCAACGACGGUAUUUACUACCACUGAGGAAGAAACAACGUCAAAGUCAACAACAAGUACAGAAGAAAUAACGACCGAAAGUACUUUAACUUCUGUUACUACAACAUCCAUAUCACCACCGACGACGGUCUUUAUUACCACUGAAGAAGUAACAACGCCUGAAACAGUGACAAGUACAACGGAAACAAGCACUGAAAGUACUGUAACAAUUACGACCACGACGAUAUCACCUCCGACUACGGUAAUAACUACCACUGAAGAGGUGACAACGUCAGAAGAAGUAACAAGUACAACAGAAAUGACGACCGAAAGUACUUUAACUCCUGUUAGUACAACAACGAUAUCAUCACCAACGACGGUAUUUACUACCACUGAGGAAGAAACAACAUCAGAGUCAACAACGAGUACAGAAGAAAUAACGACCGAAAGUACUGUAAGUCCUGUUACUACAAUAAUAACAUCACCACCAACGACGGUAUUUACUACCACUGAGGAAGAAACAACGUCAGAGUCAACGACGAGUACAACAGAAAUGACGACCGAAAGUACUUUAACUCCUGUUAGUACAACAACGAUAUCAUCACCAACGACGGUAUUUACUACCACUGAGGAAGAAACAACAUCAGAGUCAACAACGAGUACAGCAGAAAUAACAACCGAAAGUACUUCAACUUCUAUUAGUACGACAACGAUAUCACCUCCAACGACGGUAUUUAUUACUACUGAGGAGAUGACAUCGCCAGAAGAAGUAAUAACUACAGAAACAACAACUGAAAGUACUGUCAGUCUUUUUAUUACGACAAUAUCGCCUCCAACCAUAGCGUUAACUACAACUGAGGAAGAAACAACAUCAGAAUCAACGACGAGUACAACAGAAAUAACGACCGAAAGUACUUUAACUCCUGUUACUGCAACAACGAUAUCACCACCAACGACGAUACUUAUUACCACUGAGGAAGAAACAACAUCAGAGUCAACGACGCGUACAACAGAAAUAACGACCGAAAGUACUUUAACUCCUGUUACUUCAACAACGAUAUCACCACCAACAACGAUAUUUACUACCACUGAAGAAGUAACAACGCCUGAAACAGUGACAAGUGCAACGGAAACAAGCACUGAAAGUACUGUAACAAUUACGACCACGACGAUAUCACCUCCGACUACGGUAAUAACUACCACUGAAGAGGUGACAACGUCAGAAGAAGUAACAAGUACAACAGAAAUGACGACCGAAAGUACUGUAAGUCCUGUUACUACAACAACAAUAUCACCUCCAACGACGGUAGUAACUACCACUGAAGAGGUGACAACAUCAGAAGAAGUGAGAAGUACUACGGAAACAACUCCUGAAAGUACACUAACUUCUACCACUACGACGUUAUCACCACCAACGAUAAUUGAAACAACCGAAAUUCCGACGUUUACAUCUCCAGUUACAACCGAAGAACCUCUUAUAACCACCAUUUCAACCUCUGUAAUAACUGAAUCUACGAUUAUUGAAUUGGUAACAACUACCACAGUAAUUCCGACCGAAAUUACAACUUUCCCUACCACUAUGGCGACGACUGUAACUGUUAGUGAAACGUAUAUGCCCACCACUGAAAUGAUAACCGUUUACACAACUACGGAGUUUACUACCGAGAUUGAAAUUACCACGAUCUCAGCGACGUUCAUGACGGAAACUGAGUCUGAAACGACGACCGUCGAGAUCACGACCGAAAGUAUCAUUCCCGAAAGCACAGAGUCAACAAGCGAGUUUACUACAGAGUUAUCCGUACCCACUACCAAGGUUCUAAUGUUAGCGCCAACUACCGUUUAUGUCCCUCCUGCGUUGCCUCCAAUACUAGAAGAAGAAGAAGAGAAAGAAAUACUAAUGAUCACUACAACUGAAUUAAUCACAACAGAAUUGACGAUACUUGAGUUAACGUCGCCAUCGGAAACUACGUUACCAGAAUAUAUUACUGCGACGUUUCGUGAUAUAGGAUAUGAGGAGUAUAAAGAAGAAUACAAAGAAGAGGAGGAGGAAGAGGAAACUGGAACACCAGGGUGGUUCGAGUACGAAGAAGGAAUCACUAAAGCCAUUACCACACCUGCGACAAUAGAGAAGACCACAGAGUUAAAAUACACUACAACUACGUCCACGACGAUAAGUACAACAGAAACGAGUACAGUGACCACGGAAUCUACUACAGAAAUAGAAGUUACGAUGACAGAAGUACCUACAAUUGAAAUUACUACUACUGGAAUUAUUACCACGACUACUGAAAUUUCGCCAGCUACCACAGAAAGUACUACAGCGAUAAUAACGCCACCCUCUACUGAAAGUACGACGAAAACUUCCCCAGUUGCUACGGAAAGUACAACUGCAUUUACUACCACGAGUACGAAAACUACGGAGAAUAUCACGACAGUGAUUUCUCCGACUACUACGGAGAGCACAACCAUGAUAAUCUCUCCAGUUACUACGGAGAGCACUACAGAAACUGUAAAAACUACUACAGAGAGCACUACAGAAACUGUAAAAACUACUGCAAAGAGCACUACAGAGAUUAUAAAAACUACUACAGAAAGCACUACAGAAACUGAAAAAACUACUACAGAAAGCACUACAGAAACUGAAAAAACUACUACAGAAAGUACCACUGUCGAGACCACAGAAUCUACGGCAAGAACUACCCCUGUUACUGAGGAGAUAAUCAUUACUAAUGUCACGGAAGUAACUGAGGUAACGACUACAGUAAUCACAACGGAAGUCACAGUUUCCCCAACUGAGAUCACAGAAACAACUACCGAAACUCCGUUUAUUACAACGGAAACAUUAGAAGUCACAUCUGCAUUUAUAACAACAGCGCCUGUUAAUGUAACAACAACAAAAAUUGAGACAACACAAUUUCCUCCAGCGACGACUUCCGUUGAAAUCACUAUUGCGACUACGGAAACUGAAGUCACAACUACUACUGUAGUUACUACAUUGGAAACAAUGACAGUUAACGAAACGACGGAAAUAACUUAUACUACUUUGAAACCAGAAACAACGUUAGUUACACCUCCGACCAUAACGGAAGUAACUGGAACUACGUUUGCUACUACUGCAACAACUGAAUUGACUGAAAUUACAAUUCUAACUACGGAAUCGUUACCAAUCAAUGUAACUACGGAAACGCCAGAAUCUACAACUGCAACAACGGAAAUAGUAAUUACAAGUACGGAAGCGACAGUCUCUGUCGAGAUAGAAACUACUAUAGUAAUUCCUGAAACUACAAACGUAACUAUGGAAAUUCCGGUUACAACUACCACGGAAAGAGUGACUACGCCAACUGAAACUACCGUAGCUGCCAAAACUACUCCGCACAUUAUUAAAGUUACAAACAUAACUACGGAGACUCCAAUUACAACAACAGAAACAAUGAUAACUAGUACAACGAUUGAAACAACUCUGCCUGUGGAGGUGAAGACUACUCCACGUAUUAUUGAAGUUAUGAAUGUAACUACAGAAGCUCCAGUUACGACAGAGGUAGCUACCCCAACUACUGAGACUACUGUAUCUAAAAUUGAAGUCUCUCCUUAUGUCACUGAAGUUACAAACGUAACUACGGAAGUUCCUGUUACAACGAUGACAGCGAUACCCACUGUUACAACAACUGAGAUGACUGCGUCUGUCGAAACGACUGCUUAUGCUACUGAAGUUACGAACGUAACUACGGAAACUCCGAUUACAACUACGACAGAAACGAUACCUACUGUUACAACUAUUGAGAUGACUGUGUCUGUCGAAACGACUGCUUAUACUACUAAAGUUACGAACGUAACUACAGAAGCUGCAGUUACAACAGAGAUUGUUACCACAACUACUGAGACUACUGUUGAAGUUACAAACGUAACUACAGAAACUCCUAUUACAAGUACGACAGAAAUAAGUACCACUACUGAAAGUACUGUAUCUGAAAUUGAAACCUCUCCUUAUAUCACUGAAGUUACAAACGUAACUACGGAAGUUCCUGUGACAGCCACGACAACGGUACCUUCUGUUACAACGACUGUGUCUGUUGAAACGACUGCUUAUACUACUGAAGUUACAAACGUAACUACAGGAACUCCUAUUACAAUUACGACAGAAAUAAGUACCACUACUGAAAGUACUGUAUCCGAAGUUGAAACGUCUCCUUAUGUCACAGAAGUUACAAACGUAACUACGGGAGUUCCUGUGACAGCCACGACAACGAUACCUACUGUUACAACGACUGUGUCUGUCGAAACGACUGCUUAUGCUACUGAAGUUACAAACGUAACUACAGGAACUCCUAUUACAACUACGACAGAAAUAAGUACCACUACUGAAAGUACUGUAUCCGAAGUUGAAACGUCUCCUUAUAUCACAGAAGUUACAAACGUAACUACGGAAGUUCCUGUGACAACUACGACAGCGAUACCUACUGUUACAUCGACUGUGUCUGUCGAAACGACUGCUUAUGCUACUGAAGUUACAAACGUAACUACAGGAACUCCUAUUACAAGUACGACAGAAAUAAGUACCACUACUGAAAGUACUGUAUCUGAAAUUGAAACCUCUCCUUAUAUCACUGAAGUUACAAACGUAACUACGGGAAUUCCUGUUACAUCCACAUCAGCGAUAACUACUGUUACAACGACUGUGUCUGUCGAAACGACUGCUUAUACUACUGAAAUUACGAACGUAACUACAGAAACUCCUAUUACAACUACGACAGAAAUAAGUACCACUACUGAAAGUACUGUAUCCGAAGUUGAAACUACUGCUUAUAUCACAGAAGUUAAAAACGUAACUACGGGAGUUCCUGUGACAGCCACGACAACGGUACCUACUGUUACAACGACUGUGCCUGUCGAAACGACUGCUUAUACUACUGAAGUUACAAACGUAACUACAGGAACUCCUAUUACAAUUACGACAGAAAUAAGUACCACUACUGAAAGUACUGUAUCCGAAGUUGAAACUACUGCUUAUAUCACAGAAGUUACAAACGUAACUACGGAAGUUCCUGUUACAACGACUGUGUCUGUCGAAACGACUCCUUAUCUUACUGAAGUUACGAACAUAACUAGAGAAACUCCUAUUACAACUACGACAGAAAUAAGUACCACUACUGAAAGUACUAUAUCCGGAAUUGAAACGUCUCCUUAUGUCACCGAAGUUACAAAUGUAACUACGAAAGUUCCUAUUACAACGACUGUAUCUGUCGAAACGACUCCUUAUCUUCCUGAAGUUACGAACAUAACUAGAGAAACUCCUAUUACAACUACGACAGAAAUAAGUACCCCUACUGAAAGUACUGUAUCCGAAAUUGAAACAUCUUCUCAUAUCACCGAAGUUACAAACGUAACUACAGAAACUGCAAUUACAACAACAGAGGGAGUAACAACAGAAUCAAUCGAAACGACGAUAUCUGUCGAGAUUGAAAUCACAUCUCCUAUAAUCGAAGUUACAAACAUAACUCUAGAAACUUUGUCCACCGAAGUAGAAACGAUUGGGGUUAACGUAACUACCGAGCGUAUGGAGACGAUAAGUGUUCCCACCGAAGUAACUACGCCUGUUACCACUGAGGAACUUAUAACGACGUUCGCCGUAGUUACAUUGGAAAACGAGACUAUAUCUCCUGAAAUAGAAUUAACGACGUUCACAACGCCCACCAUCUUUACCACAGAAUCAGUUUAUAUUACAACGCCUACGGUAUUGAUUAUCGAAGAGGAAGAAAAUAUAACUAUGGUUGCAACCGAACUGACGUUUACUACUUUGUCAGCGGAAUACGUCGUUACCCCCAAUUUCACCAUACCAAUAAUUACAAGCGAGAUACCUUUGGUCUUGGAAACUACGACACCGAUGAUACUAGAAGUCAACGUCACAACUCCGGUGCCUGUUGCGGAAGUUACAACUAUUACGGAAUCGACAAUGGAAUACGUAACGCCUGAAGUUCCAAUAGAAAAUGCUACGCUUUACACCGGGCCUUUGAUAGUCACUGGGAUUACUGCGAUGAAUGCAACGCUGCCGGAAAUAGAAGUGACGCUUUUUAGCACUACGGAAACUGUCACGAUCACACCAUUUAUUACAACGACUGAGGAAGCCGAGACUGAAUUCAUGUAUGAUCUUGAAGUAGGUAAGGAAUACAAAGAGGAGUACGAGCUCGAAGAGAAUAUCACUACUACCACAAAAGAGAUGUUCGAGUAUGAAUUUGAGGAAAUGAAUGUCACAACGCCUUCAACCCCUGAGAUUGAAUCCACCGCAAGCACAUAUAUAGAAACAAUAGAGUCCACGACUUUUAAUGUCUCGGAGAUCAGGGAAGAGAUAACAGUUUCUACAGGGGAGACUGAAACUACGUUUGAGACCGAAUUGAUUGAGGAAAAAAUCCUCAAUUACACCACUUCGAGGUUCACUCUGGCGCCCACCAACGAAUUUUCCACGGAAUAUUUGCCACUCGAUUACGGUGAGAAUUACACGAGAAAGAAGGAAUUCACUAUAACGUUCGGUCCGACGAUACCUCUCCGUCUUCCGAACGUGACUGCAACGAUGGCACCAGAAUUGUAUCCGACUUUUAUCUCAACUACUUUUCACCUAAGAGGAACGACGAAUAAACAGCAAAAGGAUAAUCGCCACAAGGAAAUGAAGAUCAAACUGCUACACAAAUUACAAGACCUGCAGAAGAUGGAAGAGGAAAUUCUUAUCAAAGAAGAAGAGUUGCAGAAGGAGGAAGAGGCAUGGGAAACUGAAAAAGCGAGACGAAUGGAGGAGUUCAUGAAGAAAGUGGAGGCAAUGAAAAGCGGUCGCAUGAAUAUAUCCAUAACUAAGACGACCACUUCGGUAGGUAAAUUACCGCCAGUUGAAGGCGAGAGAGGCAAGACUCCUGUAACAAUAUCUCCACCUACGGCUCCUUUAAUCACGACUCCCGAAAUUUCAACACCGGAUGCACUGGAGCAGGAAAUCAGACAUUUGGAAAGCAAAGUGUCUGAUAAAGAGGAUCAUUUGAAGAAUACGGAAAACAGGAUACUUGAGAAGGAGAAGAAACUGCUUAAAGACAAAGAAGAAUUCGAGAGGAAGAUGAAAGAGAUGGAGGAGAAAUUGGCCAGGGGAGAAGAUAUCUCGUGGACGACGAAAGAACCUUACGUAGGAACGACUCGUACGACGCCGUCUUACUCACAGUUACCGCCUACAGAAAGAACCACGAUUGAUAUACGAGAGUCGACUAUAUCCCCGGUUAAGGAACCGACUCGCUCCCGCGAGGAACAAAAGAAAGAGGAAAAGAAUUUAGAAGUGACAACCCAGGUUUGUUUGGACGUCCUCAAGAGCAAAGAAAUGGGAGAAGGUCAUAUAACCGAAAGGGUUUGCGUGCCUUACGUGCCGGGGAAAGCUCAGGAGAAACCGAAAAUUAAGCCCCCAGAGGCCAGGACACUCGGGGAAUUGGACCUUGAGGGGAACGAGUGGACGGAGGGCCCUUUUAUAAGGGGCCGAGGAGAAGUGCAGACUGAAAUUAUUGAGUCCGAGGAAGAGAGGAAAAGAUCAUUGCCUGAAUAUACUCGAUUCAAACGAAACGUUUAUCACGAGGAUCACGACUGUCGAGUAGACAAGCUUGACGACUGGGACACAGAAGGAAACUUGGUGGAAACACAAAUCAGGGAACCAUUAUCUUUAUGUAAAAAUUGUAGCUUUCCUACAGACAGUUUUAUGAUCACUGAAAUGUCUAAACCUAGUACAAACACAGAAUCCGUUGAAAGGAGAUAUGAAAGAACUGUCGAGAAUAGAUAUAGGAUUCGAUCCACGUUACAAAUAAAUCAGUGCGAGGAUGAAAUUGAAUACGAUUACGAGGAACAAGUUGAAAGGAAUCCACGACAAGUGGAGGAAAGCACUUCGCCUUGGGAACCGGAAGCUACUACCAGCGACGAUGACGUUAUACCUGUAACAGACAAACCAUACAAGCCUGCGGAAGAAGGGAAAGAAGAGGUGGAAGAAGGAGAGGUCGAGAGUGAUCAGACUAUAAAACAAUCGAGUGGAGAUACAGAUGAAGACGAAGAUAAACCUGAAGUGGAGGUGAAACGCAGGAGACCGCCGGGUCCGGAAUGGCCAACGGAAGGCUUAACUGAUUACCACGUGGGCGGCACGAAAACGUGGAUGCUCGAGUAUGACGGACGAGGGCCGUUCAAGCCCGAGAACGGGGAUGAAGACGAGGGGAAUUCCGUGGAGGACAGGAAAAGCGUUGGGAAACGGCCACUAAAGGCGACGACUUGUUACUAUGUUAUUCUUGACAGAGACGAAAACAGUCUGGAAAAUCCUGAAGGCGAUUACGACAAAGAAAAUGAUUUUGAAUCAUCGUUGGAGAAAUACGCUCCAGAAGCGGAUGAGUGACUCAGACGUAGAUAAGAGUGUACAAAUUUUAUGGUAAAUAUUGCUGCUAAACGGAAGAGCAGUAAUCGCAGUUUUUAUUUUUGUCUUUUUAAUCACAUAUUAGUCAGAAACAGUAGAAGGAUAUUAUAGAUAAAUGAAACAGCAGUAAGAUGCGACAAGUAAUAUAAAAACCGUUGUAAGAUUUGUAAAUAUGUAUAUACAGCGUGUAAAAGAGUACAUUAAUAAAUUCAAUUAGAAAAUUCAUUUUAAUCCGAGGCCACUUAAGUGGGCUUAAUCUGUUAGCUACACAACCCGAGGUG